UAAAGUGCAAUACUCAAUGUAGAUUUUACUUUACUGUAAAUGAAGACAUUCAUAAAGAAAAGGGAUCCCGGUGCCUCGAAUAACGAACCUGAAUCUAAUAAAGUGAAGGGCUUCUUCUCAAGAUUCGGCGGUGGUUUGCGUAGUGCUUUCUUCAAACCACACCAACCUAGUGUGCCAGUUGUUAGUUGUGACGCUAAUAACGAUUGUCACUCUUCUGAUGAUCUGAAUACAAGCAAAGGCGUGGAGGUUUCUGCCUCAAGCAAGACGGUUGAUGAUCCUCUUCCUUUAAGUAAAAGUGGUCGAAUUUCCUCUGCGAUUCGUAUAUUGAACGAAUCACCUGGUUCUAAUCCACGACCAUCAUAUAUCCGUGAAAGUGUAUCUCGUCCCCAAAAUUCUUCUGCAUUUCGAGAGGAAUUAAACUUAAAACUUCAAAAUCGGCCUGGUUAUAAUCCACCACCUAGAUUAACAAUUGCCAAAUCCGCUGAAAGUUCAGAUAGUUUAAUUUCAAUAGAAUCCUCUUCACCAAAUCAAAAACAUUUUAAUAGUCCACAUUCAUUUAAUCGUGGUACUCAUGUAUUGUUAACAACCCCAUCUAAUAGUAUACAUGAAUCUAUCAAUUCAAUUUCAUCAUCCUCUGGUACACCAGAUUUAGCUAGUUUACAGCAUAAAUUAGCUGUCAGCAGACCUCGAAAUCGUCGUCCACCAUCUAAAGCUUAUAAUCGUGCAUCAAUUCUAUCGGAUGAAAGUGUUGUUGACUUUUUUCCUUCAUCACUUACUACUCCUGUAUCGACUAAUCAUAAUCACCAUAAUAAUAAUAAUCAUAAUUUAGUUUCACUUUCUAAUUCUCAAUUGGGUCUUAUAAAAGAAGAAGGUGAAAUAUUAAAUCAAAUAAGUGAACAAACUCAUCAAAAAACAUCUACUAUUAAUCUAACUACUGAAAUAAUAUCAACUGUAAAUACUGAUGAAUUGAUUAGUAAGAAUUCCGAUUCAAAUAAACUUGAUUCUUCAAUUUCAAGGAUCAAUUUAAGAGACAGCAUAAAGUGUGCUCGCGAUUCAAACUCUCUGAAACGUAAAUCGGAUUACUCUUACGAUUCCGAUCAUACACCUACACCAGCUGAUCAAGAAACCAUAACACCUUUUAAACCCUUAAAGAAAAAUGCAGGAUUUGAACGAAUAAAAAUAAAUCCUACCAGUGAUUUUCAUAAUCUCGCACCGCUUGCAUCAUACAAUGGUAGUGAUCAACGUAUUCGUCCACGUUCCAUGCUUAUUUCAUCAUCCGGUAUUGAUAAUCAAUUAUCACAGAUUUGUUUAAAAACAAAACAUGUAAAUAAUGACGUAAAUGCUCAUCAUCAUGAUAUUAAUCCUGAUAUUUCAAAACGAUCCUCUGAACCAAUACCAUCAAUUGUAUUUAUUCCAUGUAAAGCGUCUGUAGAUAAUAACAACAAUCAUACCAUUAUCAGUAAUAAUGGUAAUAGUAGUAGUAGUAAUACGAAUGGUCAUAAUAGUACUGUGACAAAACCAUCUAGCCCUCCUGUAUCUAUGUCGAAGAAAUCUCCUUUGAUUGAUGUUGAAACAAAUUUAAAUAAAUAUCCUAAAAGUUCUAGUCCUCAAGCAGUGGGUUUACAUCGAAAACGUUCUGAAAACUCUCAUCUUGUUACUACUACUCUUAAAGAUCUAUAAAAAUUAAUCCACCACCAGCUGAACAUCGUGUCUCACGUGUACUGGAGUUAGUGAAAGCAUUUGAAGGAAGUAUUUCAUAAACAAUUAACUAUAGAGAUGAAUUAUGAAUUUUUGUGCCUAAAUUUCUUUAUCAUCCUUUCUACUACAAACCAUGUUAAAUGAUAAUCAUUGUGUUAAUACUAUUAUUUUAUUUUAUGACUAAUUGUAAUGUGACUGAUUACAAUACUUCACAUACCAAGAUUUCUUACUCUUUUUUUUUCAGUACUUAUUUAUAUUUAUAAUUGUAAACUUUUUGAGUGUAUACAACAUAAACCCAUCACUCAAAUUAUUCACAAGCAGAUGUGUAAACAUUUGUUUUUUUUUCUUGUUUAUUCUCUAUCACUGCUGGUUAUUUUCAUGUGAUUGCGCCACAAAGUCUUUUUUUUGUUUUGAGAAAAGUUGAAAUCUUAAAAUAUCUGUUUAUCAAUUGACAUUUUAUAUCUAAUCCGACUGCUACGUAAUCAUAUAAUUUCAUUUUAUACUCACUCAAUUGUAUUUUUAAUUUAAAUUAUACAAACUUAACUGUGUAAUUAUCCUUGUCUCUCUCUCCGUGUGUGUCUGUGUACGUGUGCGUGUGCCUCUUUUGUAUUCUGCUUUUAUGGAAAGGAUUUAUUGUAUUGGUUUGUGCCUUGCAAAAGCUACCUGCUGUCGUCAAACUGAAACAACAACAUCAACAACAAAUUAUUCAAUGUGUCAAUAUUUUUAUUUGGUCUAAAUAAAUAUUUUCAUUUUUUUUUCUUUCUCAUAAAGUAAAACACAUAGGCAAUAGAUGAUAUUAUUUUCAGAUUUAAAUAUAUAUAUACAGCAUGAAAUUUUUGUUUCACCAUGAAAUCAUAAAAAUUAUAUAAAUUUACCUUUUAUAAUUUUAUUCAUUACUUACUUGAGUGUUUGGUCUCAUUGUUUGUGACUAAUGUACAAUAAUAAUUAACAAAAAAAAAUAUUUUAUUGAAUGAUUUAUUUAUAAUUGAUUAUUGACCGUUUAGUGCUUUAUUAUUAUCAUCAUCAUCAAACAUUCUCUGUUCUUGUUAAUUAUUAAUACUAACUAUUGACAAACGAAUAAACAAAAAUUAUAUUUUAUUUCUGUAAUAUCACAUGAUCAUUGAAUCCCGGAUAGCGUAUAGAAUUGGAGAAGAUUAUUUGUUUUUGAGUACUUUUACAAUUGGUUUUCUUAAAUUUAUUCUUCCAAACUAUACAUAAUAUUCAUACAUCAACUUUGUUCUUUUUCAUACAUAUGUUGACAGAAUAUAUAUAUAUAUAAAAGAAAAAAUAUGUAUAUUAUGAUUUCUAUUCAACAUAUUACAUAUUUAUAUAUAUAGAGUCAGCUGAAUUAAAUUAAAUAAUAAACACACAAUCGAACUAGUUCACAUUCUAAUUAACUGAGGAAGAGGAUAAGGAUUUGAUGAGUUAAUUUCAGAGAUG